AUGAACCUAAGCUUCUUUGACCAAUUCGCCAGCCCCCAACUACUAGGCAUCCCCUUAAUCCUUCUCUCAAUACUAUUCCCCACCUUACUGCUCCCAUCCCCAGGCAACCGCUGAGUUACCAAUCGCCUCUCCACCCUUCAAUCAUGGUUCCUUCAAUUAGUCACAAAGCAAUUAAUAAUGCCCCUAAACAAAACAGGCCAUAAAUGGGCACUCACCCUCUCAUCCCUAAUAAUCCUACUCCUACUAAUUAACCUUCUAGGCUUACUACCUUACACAUUCACCCCAACUACCCAACUCUCCAUGAACAUAGCACUAGCCUUCCCUCUCUGACUAGCAACUCUCCUCACGGGCUUACGAAACCAACCAUCCAUCUCCCUAGGACACCUUCUGCCAGAAGGGACCCCCACACCUCUCAUCCCCGCCCUGAUCCUCAUCGAAACAACAAGCCUGCUCAUCCGUCCCCUAGCCUUAGGCGUCCGCCUUACAGCCAACCUUACAGCAGGCCACCUCCUAAUUCAACUCAUCUCUACCGCUACCCUAGCCCUCCUCCCCAUCCUUCCCUCCAUCUCCAUCCUAACAGCAACCAUUCUACUCCUACUGACAAUCCUAGAAGUAGCAGUAGCCAUAAUUCAGGCCUACGUAUUCGUACUCCUACUAAGCCUCUACUUACAAGGAAACAUCUAA